GAUGUCAACCGGCACUAGGGGAAGCAUACACUACUGACCUAAACAGGCAAAUAGCGAUAACAGGACGAAAGCGUACACUUUGCUCCCCUAGAGUUGGUGGAGAGUACAGUUUCGAAUUGCAGUUGGGCUGCACCGGCGAUUCAGAGUGUAUUGACAUUGUUUUUUUUUUGUUACUAAACGGAACGAUCAACCAGCACUGAUCGGUAAACCACGUGCCAGCGCGUGACAGAAUCUGCAAGACUGGAUACUUGCACAGAUCGGUAAAGAAGAGAACGGUCAGUCAGAGACAAGGUGGACCCCGAUCGUUGUCAGACGACGCCAGUUGACUGCAUCGCCAACCGACACAAGGCACGGAAGUAAAACAAAAUGUCGACAUCGUUUCUAACGCGUGGUCUUUCGUCGUUUCUGUUUAAAUCGUUCGCAAUCGGAUCAUCUAGUACCACCGCCGGUCGAAAUGCUGGUCCCAACCAAUCGUUGUUCCACUCCACCAGCAACACCGAACCGGAGGAUUCGAUUCGAUUUGAUAAGCUGCAGACGGUUCCCAGUGCUUGCAUCCAGCUGUUUGUAACACUCGCGCUGACAAUCAUUUCGAUUAUCUACACGCUCCAGCAAUGUGAUACCACAACGGUGUGCUUGUACUACUACAUGUUGCUCUACCUGCGAGGCGUCUAUUGGGCAAUAGUUUACCUGAUCCACCUGUACACCAAAAGCCGACACCUAAGCCUAAAUCGCUGCGGUCAUCAUUACUUUGCUGCGAAGGUUCACCGCCACAAAAAAUCCAGCCUUCAACUGGUGACCGUAUCCAACACGAUUCUGCUGGCCGUCCACACGGCGAUGGGUCAUUGCUAUGGCGAAACUUUUAUGCAACAGUGCUUUGUGGAUGGGUUUUCGUCCGUUGUGUUUGUCGCGUCCUUCACCCUGUUGGAGACCAUCAUUAUUGUGCCGGUGCAGCUAUCCUACAUUGUUCAGGUACAAGUGUUCAAUUGUACAAGACCCGUGCCGGAUGCACAGCAGAACGCCAAUGAUCUGAGCCUGCGACUGUGCCCCACGGAUGACUACAGCGUUAACGAUAGCUUCAAGAGCAUCACCGAUCCAAAGGAGUUCGUCCAGCUGCAGUCGGCGAUGAUAAGUAAGCUGAAGGAGGAAAAUAGUCAGCUUCGCGGUAGAAUACAGGAGGCAAGAAGUAUGGUGGAACUCGUCCCGAACCAAUCCCUUAACUAUUCGCUGGCAGAACAAUCAAUCGUUGGAGGCUACUGAUAGGACGCUACAUUGCACAUUAGCUGAAGUUUUGCAUGUUUUUCCGGUUAGAGUCUACUACAUUGCAUGUAGUAGUCUUGCUGUUUGGUUUUUGUACAUUUAAAAUGUUGUAAUUUACACAGAUUCCAACGACUUUACACACGCGAGCAAAUAAAUUCGUCGUUAUGAUCAGUUUGCGUUGCUUCAGUUUGCAAUAAAUCGUAAGUAUUUAUUAAACGA